AUGACGCUGACGAACCAAGUGCUCAAGCGGAUACCGCACGACGUUAUAACCUUUAUCCUAUUUUUUCUGGGGGUCCGCUGGGUUUACUUGAACGGUGUGGGGGUGCUGGGCUGGACACACCCUUGGUUACGCAACUCGGACGUCGUGAUCGAGUCCUUAUUCAGUAGCCCGCAACAGCAGGGGACGCUACGUGUGGUGUGUAUCUCGGACACACACGGGAAGCACCGUAACCUCCGGAACGUUCCCGAGGGGGACAUGCUGCUACACUGUGGAGACUUUACGAACCGCGGAACGCACGACGAAAUCCGCGACUUUAAUGACUGGCUGGGUACACUACCACACCGACACAUAGUUGUGAUUGCAGGCAACCACGACGUCUGUAUGGACGCAGUCGAGUACGAUCAGCAUUGGGACAAGGCAUUCCGUCAUAAGGAGUACAACGACCCCAGUCUUUCAAGAGCACUACUGACUAACUGCACGUACUUGGAGAACCGCUCUGUGGUUAUUGAAGGGGUGAAGAUCUAUGGGUCUCCUAUGACUCCACCCAUCCCUGGUCGAGCGGGGGCGUUCAAUGUGGCACGAGGGUUUGCGGACCAGCAACAUUGGGCUAAAGUCCCGGCGGAUGUGGAUGUGCUGGUGACCCAUGGGCCUCCGCAUGGGAUUUUGGAUACAACGUUUACGGGACUGCACGUGGGUAGCGAGGUACUGAUGAAGGAGACGAUGUCGAGGAUUCGACCUAGUUUCCACAUCUUCGGGCAUAUCCAUGAAGCGUACGGAGCUACUCGAGUGGGGAAGACGGUGUUCGUGAAUGCCGCGAGUAGUACAUUGCUAACUAAGCCGCGUCAUGCGCCUGUAGUGCUAGAUAUCCCAAUCAAAUGUUAG